UGAAAAAGAUUUCCAUCUAUGAUGAUGACAGAUUUUACAGGAGACCAUAUGUGGUUACAAAUACAGCGUGAACUCAGUUUGAGGAAACUAACAGAGGGUUCACAGUAUCAAGAGGAACUAAAAUAUGACUUCAAUAUAAAAGGGGAGCUGAGGCAUCUGGAUACAAAUGAGUCCUUUGUUUUCAAUUACUACAAGAAUGGACAUGAGCAGAAUCAUAAACGCUAUGAAGUUCUGGGACAUUUUAUUACCCAGUAUGUUUAUGAGCUCCUGGAAAGAGUCUGCAUGCUGCAGAAGGUUUAUAUUCCUACUGAUGCUACACAGGAUGAACCAAGAAGUUUCUUUUUCAUGAGCAAAAAUGCACUAACAAGUUCCUCUAGCCUAAUUAUCCUUCUUCAGGACCGUGGAGUUUUUUGUGCUGGACAGUGGGGGCGAAGGGCAAUUGUCAGUGAGGGCCUGAGACAUGGAACACAAAUACCAUUCAUCAAAAUGGCUCUGCAAAGCAAAUGGGAAGUGAUUGUACUGAACCCCAAUGACAACUUCACUGAUCUGAACACUGAAAACGAGAGAUUUUCUGCCAAGGAAGAAGCACUUAAUUUUACACAGUCCAUCUGGUGGAUCCCCAAGAGGGGCAGCAGCAGCCCUGAGGAGCAUACCAUGUAUGUAUGGGAUCAUUUCAUUGCAAAGAGUGCAGCCAGGAAUGUGGCCUUCAUUGCCCAUGGCUAUGGGGGGUUGGUGUUUGUUGAUCUGCUGGUGCAGAGGAAACAUGAGGUGAUAAAUAAAGUGUACUCAGUGGCAUUCAUCGACUCCACGCACAACAUGCAGCACCAGAGCAGACACGAUCCAGAAAUACAGGAAUGGAUACGCAGAAACUGCCAUGAAUGGGUGUCGAACAGUAAACCCCUAAAUAAAACUGUGGGCUUUCUCAUGAGAGUAAGUUGUCCUACUUUGUCUGCUGGAACAGAAAAGUAUGGUUUAGCACCCUCCUGCUGCUUACAACCCAUCUUUAAGUACCUGAAGAACAAGCUGAAAGCCAAGAUCACAACAGCCUUGAGGAAUUCACCUGUUGCAACCAGAAGCAGCACACAUAAGAAGAGAGGCAAUAAAUAA